AUGGACAGUUCCCGAGCAAGACAAGAACGCAGGGACCGAAGGAGGUUUGAAAUUGACCCUACCCCCAUCUUGAGCCAUGAAGAAAGAAAUGAAGCCAAUCCAGAUGAAAAUGAUGGAAUCAACAUUAGGGAUGACAGGAGCCGAGAUGAGGCUGCUAUGGCACUCCUUCAGUUACAGUGUGGAAGCCCACUGCCAGCCCCAACUGCUGAUGUUGCAGUAAAUGUGUCCUCUGGAAUCAACAUUGGGGAGGAUGACAGGAGCCGAGAUGAGGCUGCUAUGGCACUCCUUCAGUUACAGUGUGGAAGCCCACUGCCAGCCCCAACUGCUGAUGUUGCAGUAAAUGUGUCCUCUGGUGACUUGAGGCCACCCUUCAUAAGUUUGAUUAUGGAAGAUUCAAAGAUCAAGACACUUACGGGAGUUCCAACAGUCCAUUUAUUGAACACACUUGUGAGACUCCUUGCCACUGUUUUGGUUGUUACAAGGAAGCAUGUUUUGAGCCUUGAAGAACAGCUUCUACUCAGCUUGAUGAAGAUUAAGUUGAAUCUCAGCUAUAACUUUCUUGGUGUUCUCUUCCAUUGCACUUCCAACACAUGCAGCAAUACUUUCUGGGCAGUGAUUCCAAAGUUGGCUAUCAUGCUGAAAUCAGUUGUGUGCCGCAUCCUGACAUACUCUCAUUAUAAGGGCACCCACACAGUGAAAUAUAUGGUUGGUGUUUCACCAGGAGGCAUGAUCACCUUCCUCAGUCAAGGAUAUGGAGGAAGAGCUUCUGACAAAGCCAUUUUUGAACAAAGUGGAAUCAGAGAAGUUACAGCCAUUUCAUGA